AUGGAGGAUUUUAAUAACUGGAUUCAACAGGGGGUUUGGACCAUGUUUUGCUUGAUGUAUACUCAGAGCGACGUGCCUUCUCUUGGUGUAAUGGUCAGCAUGGACUUGCUCGCUCUUAGGGACGGUUGGACCAUGUUUUGCUUGAUGUAUACUUCCGUUUGGUUUUUCCUAAUGCUAUGUGUUCUUACUUGCCACGAUCUACUUCGGAUCAUGCUCCUAUGUGUAUUGAGUUCAAGCAAGACCUGUCCAGCCCCUUUUCGGUUUCAACAGAUGUGGGUUCAACAUCAUAAUUUUCUAGAUUGUGUUCGGCAAGCUUGGACACUUCGAUCGGGUGGUUCAGCCAUCCAAAAUCUGAUUAUGAAGCUAAAACAGACUAAAGUUGCUUUGCGUGCUUGGAACAAAAGGGUUUUUGGGCAUACGGUGCAUCAUAUUGCUACCCUUGAGAAUAGGGUUGAGGAGCUUGAAUUAAAGCUUCAAUUAUGCUGGGAAGAAGAUAUUGAUCGAAAGCUUCAGGGGGCCAUAUCGGAUCUAGGGGAGCCGCUGAUUGAGAAUCCAAAUCUUGAGGGGCUUAUUGACCCGGUCAUCUCCGUGGAGGAGAAUGCCUCCCUGGUUUGCGCACCCUCCUUGGAAGAGGUGGUUAAAAUUGUUGUGUGGAAUGCAGUGUCUGAGUUCUUUGCUUCCAAGUAUCUACCAAAAUUUUUUACAACUUCUUAUUUGGUUCUUAUUCCAAAGAUUGACUUGUCUCUUGCCACGAUUGGUUUGCUUGGAACAAGGAACUUUCAUUCCAGGUCAAACCCAUGGUAUUCGGUUAUGAUGAAUGGGACAAUGAAAGGUUUCUUCCCGGGAGGCCAUGGCCUUCGACAAGGUGAUCCUCUAUCCCCCUAUUUGUUUAUUAUUCAGCUGGAGAUCCUUUCCAGGUUGAUCCACCGAAGUGUGGCUGAGAAUAGAUUUGGGCAAUUUCAUCAGCCCGAGGUCCCUCAAGCAGUCAUCAAUAAGAUUCAUCAGAUGAUGAGUUCUCUCUUUUGGGGUGAAUCCAAUGGGAAAGAUAAAAUGAAAUGGGUGGCGUGGAAACAUAUUUGCAAACCUGUGACUGAAGGAGGGCUCGGGUUGAGGCAUCUCAGGGACAAUCAAACAUCUCUGCAUAUGAGUUGGGAUGUGAAUCUUCUAGAGAAUUUGGUCGGUUUAGAGAAUGUGGAUGAUAUUCUAGCCUCUCUAUCUGUUUUAAACUCAGGGAAGGAUGUUCUUGUUUGGACUCCCUCUGAGACAGUGCAGGUCAUUAUGAAGACAUUAACCAUGUUCUCAAUGAGGGCGAUUUUCCUAAAUAGAUAUGGUCCUUUUUCGGUAACCUCUUUGGACUGCCGGUUGGUAGUAAUUGGAAGCUGCAUGUCACCUCUUGGUUCCGACGUGCUCAGUCAAAUUCUCAGGCAAUUGGAAAUCCUCAUAAUUCAACCGGUUCCUUUAAAGGAAAGGCGAUGCAAAUUAGUAAAGUGGCAUAAACUGCCUUCAGGGUGGUUUAAAUUGAAUACAGAUGGUAGUAGUCUUGGGAACCCAGGUGCUAGUGGUAUUGGUGGAGUUAUUCGCAAUGAUCAAGAGGUUGACUCUUUGGUGAUUAUCUCUUGGUGGAAUAGGGGGAGGUGUAGGAUUUGGUACCUAGAGGACUAUUGGGAAGAAAUUGUUAGUUUGACUCAAGUCAUUAAUUGUCGGUUUCAACAUGUGUUAUGUGAAGGGAAUAAGAUGCCGGAUUGGUUGGCAAAGGAUGGUGCCAAUGGUGUCGAUUUGGAGGAGAAGAAAGUGAAGUUGGCGGUAAUUGAGUUCACUGAUUAUGCUAUUAUUUGGUGGGAUCAAUUAGUGACCAAUAGGAGAAGGAAUUAUGAGAGGCCUAUAGAGACAUGGGGAGAGAUGAAAGCUCUCAUGAGGCGGAGAUUUGUUCCUAGCCAUUACUAUAGAGGCCUUUUUCAGAAAUUACAAAAUCUUACACAGGGGUCUAGGAGUGUGGAGGAUUACCAUAAGGAGAUGGAGGUGGCGAUGAUUCGGGCUAAUGUAGAGGAGGACCGAGAGGCCACCAUGGCUAGAUUUUUGAGUGGGUUGAAUAGGGACAUAGCCAAUGUAAUUGAAUUGCAGCAUUAUGUGGAGAUAGAGGACAUGGUGCACAUGGCUAUGAAGGUGGAGAGGCAAUUAAAGAGAGAAGGGACAGCAAGGUACACUACGGUUUCUAGCACUACUUGGAAAUCAAAAUGGGAUAGGAAUGAUCCAGCUGAAGCAAAGAGAAAGACCGAACCACCUAAGGGAAAAGAUGAGGGAACUAGCAACAAACCCAAGGUAGAAUCCCAACCUUCACGGAAUAGAGAUAUCAAAUGUUUUAAAUGUUUGGGUUCAGGGCACAUUGCUUCUCAAUGUUCAAAUAGGAGGCUGAUGAUUAUGCGUGACAAUGGGGAGGUGAUGACUGAGAAUGAGGAUGAUAGUGAUGAGGAGCCUGAGUUGGUUGAUGCUAGUGAUGAUGAUGGAGUGGUAUAUCCUGUGACAGGUGAGUCUCUUGUUGCUAGGCGUGCUUUCAAUGCACGCAUUAAGGUGGAUGAUGCAUAGUAACAGAGAGAAAACAUUUUCCAUACUAGAUGCCAUAUCAAAAAUAAGGUAUGUAGUAUGAUCAUUGAUGGAGGGAGUUGUACUAAUGUGGCUAGCACUACUUUGGUUGAGAAAUUGAAUUUACCAACCUUAAAACACUCUAGACCAUACAAAUUGCAGUGGUUGAAUGAUUGCGGAGAGGUUAGGGUGGAUAAACAAGUGUUGGUUACUUUUUCUAUUGGGAAGUAUCAAGACGAGGUGCUUUGUGAUGUUGUGCCUAUGCAUGCGGGCCAUAUUUUGUUGGGGAGGCCGUGGCAGUAUGAUAGGAGAGAGUUUGAGGAUGUAUUCCCGGAGGAGAUGCCAAAUGAGUUGCCACCCAUUAGAGGCAUUGAGCACCAGAUUGAUUUUGUGCCCGGGGCUGCUAUUCCAAACCGACCAGCCUAUAGGAGUAAUCCAGAGGAGACAAAGGAGCUUCAGAGGCAAGUUGAGGAUUUGAUGAGCAAGGGGGACGUGAGGGAGAGCAUGAGCCCUUGUGCAGUACCAGUGCUACUAGUGCCAAAGAAGGAUGGGACGUGGAGGUACGUUGUUAGUACAAAGGGUAUUGAGGUGGAUGAAGAGAAAGUCAAGGCCAUCAAGGAGUGGCCAACGCCAAAAAGCAUCACUGAGGUAAGAAGCUUUCAUGGGCUAGCUAGCUUUUAUCGGCGUUUUGUUAAAGACUUCAACAUCAUUGCUGCACCACUCACUGAGGUAAUUAAAAAGAAUGUUGGGUUUCAUUGGGGGGCUAAUCAAGAGAAUGCUUUUGCCACUAUUAAAGAAAGGUUGUGCUCUGCACCUGUGUUAGCAUUAACUGAUUUUAACAAAGCUUUUGAGAUUGAAUGUGAUGCCUCAGGAAUAGGGAUUGGAGCCGUUUUGAUGCAGGAUAGGCGGCCCAUAGCCUUCUUCAGUGAAAAGUUAAGUGGGGCAUCCCUGAAGUACCCUACUUAUGACAAAGAGCUUUAUGCUCUUGUUCGUGCAUUAGAGACUUGGCAGCACUACCUAUGGCCAAGAGAAUUUGUGAUCCAUACCGAUCGUGAAUCAUUGAAGCAUCUCAAGGGUCAAGGUAAGUUGAAUAAAAGGCAUGUUAGAUGGAUGGAAUACAUUGAGACCUUUCCCUAUGUCAUCCGUUACAAGCAAGGUAAGGAGAACAUUGUUGCUGAUGCUCUAUCCCGGAGGUAUCAUGAUGGUUAUUUGUUUAAAGAAAGCAAACUUUGUCUGCCAAAUUGUUCUAUGCGUGAGUUAUUGGUGCGUGAGGCACAUGGUGGGGGAUUAAUGGGACACUUUGGUGUUAAGAAAACUUUAGACAUUUUGCAUGAACAUUUCUUUUGGCCUAAGAUGAAGAGAGAUGUUAACCGUAUUUGUGGAAGGUGCAUUACAUGUAGAAAGGCCAAAUCUAAGGUUUUGCCACAUGGGUUGUAUACACCCUUACCCGUUCCUAGUGAGCCAUGGGUAGACAUAUCUAUGGACUUUGUUUUGGGGCUGCCUAGGACCAAAAGGGGUAGAGAUUCUAUUUUUGUUGUUGUGGAUAGAUUCAGUAAGAUGGCACAUUUCAUUCCAUGCCAUAAAACAGAUGAUGCAACAAAUAUAGCUGACUUGUUUUUCAGGGAGAUAGUGCGACUCCAUGGUGUACCUAGGAGUAUUGUUUCUAAUAGGGAUGUUAAAUUCCUUAGCUACUUUUGGAAGGUGUUGUGGGGGAAAUUGGGUACUAAGCUCUUAUUUUCCACUACUUGUCAUCCACAGACUGAUGGUCAGACUGAAGUAGUUAAUAGGACUUUAACUCAGCUUUUACGCACUGUUGUUCAUAAGAAUUUAAAAACUUGGGAGGAUUGUUUGCCAUUUAUAGAGUUUGCAUAUAAUAGGACGAUGCAUACUACUACUUCAUACUCUCCUUUUGAAAUUGUUUAUGGAUUUAAUCCACUUACUCCUUUGGAUUUGAUGCCUUUACCUAUUGAUGACAGGAAUUGGGUUUGGUUUCACAUGCGCAAAGAAAGAUUCCCAGCCCAUAGAAGGACUAAGUUGCAUCCUCGAGGAGAUGGUCCUUUCCAAAUUCUUGAGAAAAUUAAUGACAAUGCAUAUAAAGUGGAUCUUCCAGGUGAGUAUAAAGUUUCUGCAACUUUCAAUGUUUCUGAUCUUUCUCCUUUUGAUGUAGGUGAAGAUUCGAGGUCGAAUCCUUUUGAGGAGAGGGGGAAUGAUAGGAACCAAGGUGGGCCUACUCUUAAAGAUCUUUUGCAAGUUCCAGAUGGGCCAAUUACAAGAUCAAGGGCAAAGAAGAUCAAGGAAGCAAUGCAAGGAUUGGGAAAAGUGCUCUCAAGGCUCAAGAGGAAACUUGGACCUGAGGUGUGGAUGAAAUGA